AUGAAAACGAAAAACAACUGGGCCGACGCGCAGGGCAACGAGGACUGUCUAGAGGUAUAUCGAGCGGGCGGCGGAGGUCAUCAGUUCGUCGGAAACGUCAAGGUCGUCAAGGCAACGAAGCAGGAGCAACAGUCAACGCACACCGGAAAAACGAGUAAUCUCAGGAUACCGACGAAACGGCCGUUGCAGCACACAGAGCAACCAGUCUAUGGGGAUGACGGACGGUCAAAGUAUCCAGGUCGACUGAUCGAGCCGGUAGAGGCGGCCUUUAUCACCGGUGAAAGGGCGCAGGGCCAGGUCCGUCUGCCUGUGCCGUCAGCAGUGGACGACAAGCAGAGCCAGGCUGUCCGGGUCGACGAGCGACGAGCGAUGGCCGAACCUCGCGAGCGGAAGAAACGGACGAGAGAAGCAGUGUUAUCGAGCGAGCAAGAGGAUGCAGCAGUGCUUGGUGGAGGAUGGAGAUGGAGAGGGAGGAAGAAGUGA